AUGUUAUUAUCAUAUUUAAAACUACAAUUCUCAUCAAAAUUAUUAACUUCUUGUUUAUUGAAUGCUCCUAUUCGUACAACGAGUACCGUAUCAGCAAACUCAACAAUUAAACAAGAUAAUCAAACACGUAGUGAAUCUCAAGGUCGUCGAGUGAACACAGGAAUACUUUUACUCAAUAUGGGUGGACCAGAAACAACAGAUGUAGUAUUUGAUUUUCUUAAUCGUCUGUUUUCUGAUAAAGAUAUUAUCCCUUUACCAGCCCAACAAACAUUAGGUCCUUUGAUUGCUCGUCGUCGUACUCCAAGUAUACAAGAACAAUAUGCAAAAAUUGGUGGUGGAUCACCAAUUAAAAUGUGGACAGAAAAACAAGGUCAAGGAAUGGUUAAACUACUUGAUCAAAUAUGUCCAUCGACAGCUCCUCAUAAAUAUUAUAUUGGUUUUCGUUAUGUUAAACCAUUAACUGAAAUGGCACUUGAUGAAAUCGAAAAAGAUCGUCCUCAACGAAUUAUUGCUUUUACACAAUACCCACAGUAUAGUUGUUCAACAACAGGUAGUAGUUUAAAUGCAAUUGCUCGAUAUUAUGCAGCAAAAAAGAAAAAAAUAAAAUUAGAGAAAGAUAAUAAAAUCUUCAAUACUAAUGAAUCUAUAAAUAGUCAAACAUUCAAUGAUCUUAAAUGGAGUGUUAUUGAUCGAUGGCAAACACAUUCUGGUUUUAUUCAAGCAUUUGUUGAAAAUAUUCGUAACGAACUGAACAAGUUUCCUGACAAUGUUCGUAAUGAUGUUGUUAUUUUAUUUUCUGCUCAUUCAUUACCAAUGAGUGUAAGUUGA